AUUUACGUUGUACCAUUGAUAGCCAUAGUUGUCCACGUGUGAAGUAUCUCCUCCCGUCCGACUCCGUGUGGAAGAGUUACUUGAAAGUUUUUCGUUCAUUUUAAACUUUUAUCUGGAAUUUGACAACAUUGAAGACGUCUAGUGUACCCGUUGUAGACGUUUGGGGAAACGCUACGGUCGGGAGUCAGUUAAAAAGCGGAACAUGUCCCCUGCUCCAGCAGAUGAGUUGAGCUACAAACCCCUGGACGGUGGCUGGGGCUGGAUGGUGGUGGUUGGCGCCCACAUUUCCAUCGGUUUCGCUUACUCCACACCCAAAGCCCUCUCCAUCUUUUUCAAUGAGAUCCAAGAGGACUUAGGGGCCAGCUACAGUGAAAUAGCGUGGAUUUCCUCUAUUAUGCUAGCUGUCAUGUAUGCAGGCGGACCAGUGAGCAGCGUGUUGGUCAGUCGCUUUGGAAGCCGGCCAAUAGUAAUACUGGGUGGACUGAUGUGCGGGGUCUCUAUGGUAACCGCUUCUUUUGAGAGCUCCAUCACUUACCUCUACUUUUGCAUUGGCAUCAUUGGAGGUUGUGGACUCUCCUUAAACCUCAAUGCAUCUCUCACCAUCAUCAGCAAGUAUUUCCUGGCCAAGCGUCCUUUAGCCAACGGACUAGCCAUGGCCGGGAGUCCAGUGUUUCUAUGUUUCCUGGCCCCUGUCAACCAAUAUUUACUGGUAAAGUUUGGCUGGAGAGGAAGUCUCCUUAUCCUUGGGGGUCUGAUGCUCAAUUGUUGUGUUGCUGGGGCCCUGAUGAGGCCUGUUAUUCCGCCUUGUAAGCCAUCACCAUGUGUACCACAGAAGAAAGUGGAGGAACAGCCAAAUAAGUGCAACACUAAGUUAAAAGAAAGGUGUAUGAAGAAUGCUAAGAAAUUCUUGGAUUUGUCCUUCUUCAAGGACAGAGGCUUCGUCAUUUACCUAAUUGGGAACGUGAUGUUCAUCUUCGGUGCCUAUGCGCCCAUUAUGUUCCUGUCAGCCUAUGCUAUUAACCGAGGCGUAGAGGAGUACUCAGCAGCCUAUCUGCUCUCUAUUAUGGGCUUUGUGGACAUGUUUGUUCGGCCUGGCACCGGCCUGCUAGCCAACAGCAAGUGGAUCAGGCCCAGAAUCCAGUACUUCUUCAGCUUUGCCAUGGUUUUCAACGGGAUGUGCCACUUACUGUGCCCACUGAUCAAGAGCUACGCCUUCCUGGUGGUCUAUGCGGUAUUUUUUGGCGUGAGUUUCGGCAUGAUUUUCGCCCUGAUAUUUGAAUGUCUGAUGGACCUGAUGGGAACUCAACGCUUCCCGAGUGCUGUUGGACUGGUCACCAUCAUCGAGUGCUUCCCCAUGCUACUUGGACCUCCGGCUGCAGGGCUACUGGUGGACAUCUUUGGUGACUACAAGUACCUUUUCUUCAUGUGUGGCUCAGUGAUCAUGACUGGCGGGCUCUUUCUCUUCGUCAUGAACAUCUACAACUACCACAUGCUGGAAAAAGAGAAGACGGCAAAGGACAGAGAGCAGAACCAAAAAACCAUAGAGAACCAGGACCAGGUGAGCAUCUCAGAGGCAGGGAUGAAACAGAUCCCUGAGGCAGCGAUGGAACGAACUGAGCCCGAGGCUAAAGAGAAGAACGGAAUCCAGAAAGAGCCAUGGAACGCAGAAACACCAAAUUAAAUGUGAAUUAAAUGUAAAUCUCUAGUCAGGUGCCAUUAAAUCAUUGCAGAAGAAGAGGGUGCAACGAGAUGAUGAAAUUAAGAGUGGCAGUCAAACCUCAAACAGUGGAAAACAAUGUAAACCUUUUAUUUAUUUGAGGAAGGUCACAGUCUCUUCAUAGCUCUGAUGAUUUCGUCUGACACUAUUUUUAGUCUCUUCAGUGGAGCGGACGUCCCAUGCUUCAUGUACAUCAUGAUUUAUUCUGUUAAAUCAUGAUGUACAUGAGUCUGUGAGUCUCUUUCCAUUGUACUUUGUUGCAUUUUGCUUUUAUUGAUAUGUCAACUUUUCCACCUCAACCAAGCGUAAAAAUGUUUUUUCCAACAGUCGAGUUUUAUUUAAUUUUUCUGCGUUUCCACUCAGGUUUUUGGCGGAUGGAUGGAAACACAUUUACACACACAUUUAUUCAUUCUGUCAGAACAAUCAGUUUGACAUUUGAUUAACCGUUUAAGUCAUUUAACAAGCAAACAAGACUGAGAGCCUAAAGGCACUCCUUAGGACCAGCAGAUCUUCGAGCUAAAUGAUAACAUCAGCAUGCUAACAUGCUCACAAUGACGAUGUUAAACAUGCUGAUGCUAAGCAGCUGUAAUGUUUACCAUUUUCACCAUCUUAGUGUAGCAAACUAACAUUUGCUAAUUAGCACUAAAUACAAAGUACUGCUGAUGGUGCUAGAGGAAAAGUCAGGGACUCACCAGAGUCAGUAGGCUUCAUCCUCUGGGGAUUGUGAAUGUUUGUACACAAGUCACAGAGAAUGCAUGCUGAAGUGCACACAGCCUCAAUAUAUGAGAGUGAAUCUUAAUAUCUGAGACUGAAUGUUUACAGUAAUUGUUAACUUCUUUCUCUCACAUGAUCAUGAGAUCAAACGUCCGCCUUUCUGUUUUGUGAUUCCUAACUGUUCAUUUCACAGUAAUCUAAUCUGACUAUGAAAAUAUUAAUUGCUAGUUUUUCUGUGCUGUUGCUUCCUGAUCUAGAGGAACUGGUGCUUAAACAGUUUGUUAAACCAUCUGAAGCCCAUCGCAGGUCAGGUCUGUGUUGACGGCUAGCAUGUGUGCAUGGUCGGGAGAGAAUUGGCUGUGGACCACUGCCUACUAAAACAGACUGGCUCACCUUUUCAUUAUCAAAAUGUGAGGGCCCCUGGCCUCGCUCAGCUAGCAUUUCAAUUUCCAAUGCCUGAGUGGCCCUAAUGAGCUGGUGAUAGAGGAGAGGUGGUUGCUCUUGCUCUUCCACUACCUGCAUUGCCUCCAUACACACCUGACCUAGGGGGAAGUCCUCACAAUCUGAGUCAGAGCCCAGGAUGUCAAUUUAAUUUGACAUGGUGCGUGCCAGAUCCAGCCCCUCCUCCCCUAUGCACACAAUGAUCAUAACUAUCCACCUUUGGCACCUUUAUUCCGUAGCCCAAACAGGUGUGGCCCACUGGGCAUGCCAUUUUCUCUGUACAACAAAAUAAUGUGAAUGCUUGUGAAACCAUACAGUCCCCAUACAUAAGGAAUAUGUAGUGUGGAGAGAGAGUCUCGACACGAUAGAGAACCUCAGGGGACUGCCAUGAGAUACUUUUCACUCGCAGUGUUUACAUAAUAAAAGUGGCGAUACGUUUCACACAUGAAAUACUGUAGGCAUGGCAUACUACAAGUGUAACUAGAUGAUUUAUCUUCACUGUAACUAAGUACUAAAGUCUGCAAUGCACAUACAGUAAAAAGUACUGAAGUGUGAUAUUGACUUUUGAUAAUUCUCUGAUCUACACCAAAUAAUACUGUGUUUUUACGUUUUUGUCAGUAUUUAUUUAAUUUGAACGUUUAUGCAGAAGCACAUUAUAAACUAUUAUGUGUGUUCCACAGUAAUGUAAUAAUUUUGUGUUGACAUUUAGCAGGGACAUUUGUUAUUUGGGCGAGAAUGGAUUUGCAUGCACUGUUAAUUGAUUUGAUGCUGUGUGUAUUUGUGAGUGUAUGUUUGUCUGGGUGGGAGUGAGCGACAAAAAGAGAAAGUGUGUUACAAAUAAUCCAAAAUCUAGCUAUUAUAGGUUUAUAUUUGAAGGUGAUGGCAGCUUUUUGGAUUCUGUGUUCCUAAGACCUUAAUGAAAGCUUUAGUUUACUAGUUUGAUUAUUAUAGCUGUAUUUCAACUUCUGACAUCUUACACGCAAUGUACCAUUGAUACUAUAACUGUGUUGUUAACCUUAAUAAAAUUCCUAUGCAUUUCA